UCUCGCUUGACACUUUUCACCCCUGGCUGCUCACACCCGCCAUAGUCAACUUAGAACCCGGCUCGCAUUCUAUUCUAAAGUUCAGCCAUCGCCAUGUCUCACCUCGCACCAAUCCCAGAGCCGCAGACCGAGCUCGGACGAUACCGCGUCCUGUCCAGCAAUGCAGGCGUCAGAGUCUCUCCUCUUUGCCUUGGGGCAAUGUCACUGGGAAAGGCGUGGGGUGCUUUCAUGGGAGCUGUAGACGAGGAGGAGGCUUUCAAGAUACUGGACGCUUUCGUCGACGCCGGCGGGAAUUUCAUCGACACGGCAAACAAUUACCAGUACGAAGAGUCCGAAACCUAUAUUGGCAAUUGGUCAACGGCCAGGAAGAACCGCGACCUCCUCUUCAUAGCGACCAAGUACACCAAUGCAUUCCGAUCACACGCAUUAGGGCCCGGCCGCUCUGCUAUCUACGGUGGCAACAACAAAAAGUCCCUCUUCUUGUCUGUCGAGGCAUCCCUGCGCAAACUGCAGACGACGUACAUCGACCUGCUCUACGUUCACUGGUGGGAUUGGUCGACCUCCAUCGAGGAGCUCAUGGACUCACUCCACAUCCUGGUGGAGCAGGGCAAGGUCCUGUACCUCGGAGUUUCUGACACGCCCGCUUGGGUCGUCGCCGCGGCCAACACAUACGCAAGGGCGCAUGGCAAGACGCCCUUCUCGGUAUACCAGGGCCGAUGGAGCGUCCUAGACCGCGACUUUGAGCGCGACAUCCUCCCCAUGGCCCGCCACUUCGGCUUGGCCUUGUGCCCCUGGAACGUGAUGGGAGGAGGCAGGCUCAAGACCAGGAAGCAGAUCGAGGCGCGCCAGUCAUCCCAGGAGGGCGGCCGCUUCAAGGAGCAGGACGAGGCCGCCCGCAAGGUGAGCGAGGCGCUAGAGAAGGUGGCGGGCGAGCACGGCGUCGACAGCAUCCAGCAGAUCGCCCUGGCCUAUGUCCUCAGGAAGGCGCGGAAUGUGUUCCCGUUGGUUGGGUUCCGCAAGGUCGAGCACCUGCAGGACAGCAUCCAGGCACUGAGCAUCCGCUUGACCGAUGACCAGGUCAGCUACAUUGAGCGCCAGAAUCCGUUCGACAUCGGCUUUCCCCUGAACUUCGUCGGUGAUAACCCUAGGGAGACUGGUGGCUACAACGCCUUGGCGGAGUCCCUGCUCGCCGCCAAGUUUACUUUCGAAAGGCCACCCAAGCCAGCUGGUUAUGAGUAAUUUAAGCUUGGGUCCAGACCCAACCAGAAUCCAUAUUCCCUUGAAAAAGUCCACCUUGGUAGUGACCUAGAGUUCCGCUUGAUGUACAUGUGUAAACUUCAUUCUGUGGAAUACACUUGUAAAUGAACGCUCUGGAAACCAAAA